CAUGCAGAGUUACCUGUUGGUUGCUUCAUGCAGCUGCGGGAGAAUAGCAGAGGCCAUUUUAAUAUUGUAGAAGGUUGUAAUGCUUUCCAUGUUGUUACACUGCACGUUACAAGCACCUCUGCACCUAAGGCACUAACACUGUCACUCAACUGAGCGAAACUCGCGCACAGCACUAGUGAGGUGCAAUGGACUCCAAAUCGACUUCUGAUGACGAGGUUUGGAACAGUUAUGCCACGCGAUUUGGAGCGUAUAGAGGUAGUAGGUAAUGAGUCCCCACACCCUAGCGACCGUAACAUUGAAAUUCUUUCCUUCCUAGGUUCGAACUCUGUUCGUUAGCGGAUUGCCCAUAGACGUAAAACCACGUGAAAUCUACCUUCUUUUCCGCGGCUUCAAGGUAGGAUGCGCUUUCUUCGGUUCAGCUGUUGUGCCGCUGAUAUUUUCAACAUCGGUUAUAGCACGGCUGAAAAUGCCGAGAAAGAAAGCAUUAAAUUUGAAUGGGAUUCUACUGGUCCCUGCCUUAGUUUGAUUUUCUUAAACAAAUCAGCUAAGACGAAAAAACAUUAAGUAAACUUAUGUUACCGUUAAGUACAGUGUAUGCGUCGGUCAAUGUUUUGAAAUCGCCUUGUUCGAGGUCGCAGGGUUCAAUCUACGAUUUGAAAGAAAGCCGAAUGAAUAUUGAAUAGCCUUCGUUACCCUUCGAAAAGCAUUUAUCAGAUAACAAGAGUACACUAGUUUUGUACGAGCCAUUAAGCUUUGAAAUUUCCUCAUUAGUGCACUAAGAGAUAACUUUGACAAACUUCGUUUAUUCGCGAAGUCAGUUACCCCAGAUUUUGCCAAAUAUUUGCAAAGCGUCUCGAGCGGCCAUUAUAAAAGCGAAGAGAUUUACAGUGUUAACCCGACUCAUCUUAUAUGCAAACACAAAACAAAGAAGCGGCUUACGAGUUCUUCGUUAGUAUUUACAGGAAUGUACAUGAUCUGAAAUUUCAUGGCCGGUUGUGAAAAAGUAACCGAGUCAGUUUAAAUUCAAGAAUUUACAUUUAGUAGCAAGUGAAAACCGUUCGGAAUUCUACAUAGUUUAUUGAAUCGAAGCGUAAUUAUCACUUCGCUAGCUUGUGAUUCCUAGAGCAAUUAAGGACAAGGCAAGCUAAUUAGGUGUCCAGAAAGAAUAGGCCGAAACUUAUCUAAACAGUGUGUGGCUGGAAUAUUUGCAUCAGAUAUUAUUAUUGACCAUGGCCAACUUGAGAUACAUCUGCUUCAAAUUCGCCUUUUUUCGCAUCUUAACUGACUUUAUUACCAUUUUAGCGAACUAUAAAUUCAUGUGUUUUAGUGCAAAAUUUGUUUACACCUCACAUAGGAUCUGACAUUGCUUUCAAGUUGUCAAAAUAUACUCUUAAACGUAAGACAAUUCUUAGAUAAGCCAUUAGAAAUACCAUAUACUAGUAUUUGUAAACAUUUGAAAAGAAUUAAUUCGUUCUUCGAAUGUUUUCAAAAAUAACCUGCAGCAAAUUCACCACACGCUGAAAAGCGCACAAUGUGCAUGUCAUAACUUAUUUCAAAGAAAAAACACCAUUUUUAUAAUCUUGUGCUUGAAGUCGUCUUAAAAACUAAGCCGUUUUUGUUUAACGGUAGAUCUUUAUUUUUCAGCGAUCGACGAGAUAUCAAAAUAAGUCUGAGAGCCAAAAGAGAAUAAUACAGUAUUCGUUAUCAUUGGGGCGGACUUCCUGAUUAUCAUAAUUUGCUUCGUUUAUAGCAAUUUAUUCUCCUUUUUCCAAACUCAUGUAAUUAUUUCACCUGUAGUCCUUGACAAAAAACUGCAUUCGUUAUUUAGAGAGUAAAAAUUAGUGUCUUAGCAGAGCAUUCUGUCUUGUAUUGCUGUCAAGUCUUGCAAUCAAUUGAUUCUUUUUCAAUCCUGUCCUCUUUGCAUAAGAAUGGUGAACAAUUUGAUACCAAAGGCAAUAUACAGCACUUUCAAGCUACGGUCUAAUAUAAAAACCACACACAUCCCGCAAAACGAUAUCCGCGUUCGUAAAUAAACUUCCCAGCAUUUCAAGAGUGCUAUAGAACAAGUAUCUAAACUUUGACGUCUUUCAUCAGACGCAAUCGUCCACUUUUCUUGAGUAUCGAUAUUCUUAACUUAAGUGAUUCAUCGACAUUGCCAAAAACCAACCUGAAAGCUUUCAAGCGUUAAUUACACUUUGUUUUAACACUUUUCACCUAAAGCUUAGAGUAGUUUUUUUUAGUGUGUGUGGUUAGAAAAGCUAACCCCGCUUGCUGUAUCUGUCUCAUCGUUUUAGGGUUACGAGGGAUCCUUGUUGAAGCUCACGGAUAAACAAGUAAGAAGAAUACAAUUACAGGGCAUAAAAAGUAGUUACUCAGUUGAGUUAGUAUUCAUCCGUCUGUAUCGUGUUCAAGGUACAUUUUGAAUUGACAUAGAACAUCCAACGAACCUGUGUUGCUGAAACCCCGCAAACCUUUAACCGCCGCUCGGUUUUUAUGGAUUAUCUAAGAAAACUAAUCCAUAUCCCUGGCACGAUAUCUUUGGAUGCAAGAUUCAAUGAUUUAUACUGCCUUUACAAACAACAGACAUAAUUGCUCCGUGGAUUCUUUUGUGCUGUUAAGUUGAAAAUUAGUUUUCCUUAUUUGCACCUUGCCCUCAUAGAACAAAUCAUAGUUCAGUGCUUGAACGCCUUUAUAUCUUUUUUUAUUCAAGCGUACGAUAAAUGAAACGGUUUUUUACACUCUCAUAUCAUCCUCAUGUCAGGCAUAAACCACGGAAUUAUUGACAUGACCAGCAGUUUUGCUGAUGAUAUUUUCACAAAAGUCGACGCUAAUUGUCAGUCAGUUUCUUAGCGGGAAGUAAUUAACUAUAUUAAUCGACCCAAUGACUUCACACAGCAUGAUUUUAGUGUUUUUCAUGAGAAUCUCUUAAGAGAAACAUUCUCACUAAGCCAGGAUGAAAACACAGUAAAUAAUUGUCCUUUAAGAAAUAGUAAAUUAUUCUCAUAGUGAAGUUAGCUGAAUCGAUUUUAUUCCGAACAGCCUGCUAAGGUCAUGGAGAAACUUAUCGCGCAAGUUGGCAGUAAUUUAUUACGAAAAAUAACAUUGUUAGGGAUAUUAAAAAAACUUUUACAUAAAACUAAAUUUUUCUUUUUCGUGCUAAAUUAAUACAGAUAUUAACAGGAAGACUGACUUAAAAGAUUCAUAGAUAACGGUGAUUUGUUUUUUUUACUGCCAUGCAUGGAAAAACUUUUCUUUAUAGCCAUCUAAGUUACACAACAGAGCACAGAGGAAGCGAAUUGUCCCUUACACAGCACGCACAGCACCUGUACUGAACUCGGCUACUAAUGAAACUGUCCUUCCUUUUGUCUCUUUACCGCAGGGAAAAACGCAAUCGGUGAGUAUUACCUGCAUUCUAAGGGCCCAUUUAUAUGGAGAAAAGUUAUCCCGGGUAAAAGGUCAUUUGCCCACCUGAGCCACCCUCUUCGAGCCAACUUUCCUACAUUUCCUUACAAAACUUAGGGUUCCGUUUACGUGAGAAACAACGGAAAAAGUUGGCUCGGCUAGAAAGGUAACCCGCCUAGCCGAGUCACCCUUUUUCGAUGAUAGGGUCACCCCCCUAUAGCCAGACCAACUUUUCUCAAUAUAAACACUUAACUUGGUCAAGAGGAGAGAAUCAGAGCAUGCGCGAGUGCUGCUUUCAGGUCUUGGCUUAUAAACUCACAGAUACGGCAAACGGGUCAACGUUUUUCUCAUAGUAUACACUCGUUAAAGUUGACCGUCGGCUGGGAUGAUGACCCUCAUUCCCCGUACAAAACUUCAUAUAAAUGGGGCCUAAGUAAUUCUUUAAAUAACUUAAAAUAUAGGACCUUAUCAGUCAAUGUGAAUAAAUUGCGUUCUUUUAUCAUCGUAAGUGUUUUUUUUUUCUUGAAUGCGGCGGGAAAGUUCGAGAUAGCACAUAAGAUUCACUUACACUCUUGGUGAAUUUUUACCUUUAAGGGUCAUCGAGUCAUUGGGCCAUUCCAGAUUGUAUGAAAUAAAUACAGAUGAACAUAUCAUCAUCAUCAUCAUCAUCAUCAUCAUUAUCGUUAUCAUGUCACAUUACCUUUAUAACCAUAACGCAAUCACCCUCACGUCGCCAAAGACACCGUGCAGCAUCGAUCAUAUGACAAACCAAAAAAGAACCAGAACACGUUCUUUUAUCAGUUUAGAGGGAAAUUAUAACUCUAAGAUUAAGAUCAAAAUAAGCGCGUUUGUUGAACUGUGUUUAAUUGACAGCUAAAUCAACAAUUCCAUUUUCAGCCCGUAGCGUUUGUUACGUUUGAGAAUAGAGAACAAGCUGAAGAGGCAAAAGCUUCAUUGCAGGUAAAAAGUUUGUAUGAUGAUUUCAUUUACCCGCUAUCAAGUUAGUGCCAGGUAGUGGCUCUUCCUUAUUCCUGCUCGUCAAUGAGGACAGGGUCUUGCUACAUUUUCACAAAGUAAGAUCAACAGUAUUACACUGAUUUAGCAACAGAACGGGAACGUCAGUUGACGACGGCGCGCGCAAUUUGAACAACUUGCUUAACCAAUGGCACAACGGCAAAUUGGGCACCGAAAGUCGUGUUUAGUCCUUCCCGCGCGUUUUGCCGUCGUCAACUGACGUUCCCGUCCUAUUGCUAAAUCAGCCUAUUAUUAAAAAUGAUCGCGCGCGCAUCGCAUGAAAGUCGGUUCUCAUCACCUCUAUGCAAUAAGGUAAUGAUAACUAUUUACAAUGGGGUACAAGUAUGAGCCAACAACAACAACAACAUCAAUUUAUUCAGUUGUCAAAUGAGUUAGGUCUAUGUUACCCACAAUUAGCGGAGCUAUUCCAGGUGGGCAACAAUACAAUAAUAAUUAGUUGAAAUAGGCACUACCAAGAAAUAAAUUCCGCCAGCAUUCAGUUCCGAUACUUCGAAACUCUGGCGGGGCUUGGCGCUCUAACUGCUUGGUUACGUUACCUACUAAUGUUAGGCUGAUUUAGCAACAGAAUGGAAACGUCAGUUGACGACGGGAAAGCGCGCAGAAAGGACUAAACGCGACUUCCGGUGCCCAAUUUUCCGAUCUGCCGUUGGUCAAGCCGGUUGUUUGAUUUGGGCGCGUCGUCGUCAUCUGGCGUUUCCGUCCUGAUGCUAAAUAAGCCUAUUAUUUACAGCAUAACGGUAGCUGCAUGGUUUCCCCGCGAAACGGCGUUUGAGGAACAAGCGCAGAAAUUCCAUACUGAUGAUGCCUCACCACCCAGAUGUGGGUAGUGCUUCUGAUUGCUUGAGGGAAAUAUCCCUCACGACACGACCAAUCAGAAGCACUACCCAGAUCUGGGUAGUGAUACGUCACCAGUGUGGAAUUUCUGCAGUCGUUUCUCAGACGUUACAUGUUUCGCGGAUAAACCAGUGCAGUGCUGUGGUCGCGAAAUAUCGGCUGUUUUCUCACUGGCUAGCAUAAAGGCAUUAUUACUGUAGUUUUUGCUUUUUCCUUAUAUGACACAUGUAUGCAUUUUCCAGGGUGUAAGAUUCGAUCCAGAUGCCUCUCUUACAUUGCGAUUGGAGUUCGCUCGUUCGAAUACCAAAGUAUCCAAACCGGUGAACAAACAAGCCGUGUUGGCCCCACACUUCUUUCCCAGGGAGCCUCAGUUCAGUAAGUCCAUUCAGAAUUCUUUCAUUCAUUCAUUAUAUUUCAUGAAAUGAAAUAAAAUCCUUUCAUUCAUUCAUUCAUUCGCUCGUUCGUUCGUUCGUUCAUUUACCAAUACAUUAUUCCUGUGUUUUUUUCGUGUGUUUUAGUACCAGCAGAUUUUGCAGCAGCUGGAUUUUUUCCAACACCUCCAGAACCAAGCUUGGCGUACCCUGCGUAAGUGAAGCUAAAAUAGUGGUAAUUUACAUAAACCGUACAACUGAAAAAAAAAUUACAUGUUUCUUGAAACCUCAUUUAAGUAUUCUACGAGAGUCUCAAUGGGGUUAACCGUCAGCCUUAAAAAGGCUUAAAAUUUAACCUUCAAAGGUAAAAAAUGCAGAGUAAUAUUAACCGUCAAAGCGUUUCAAGGUAUUUCAAAUCUCACUAUUUCAACUGAUCUUCCCGUACUUUUGGGUCCUGAAGAAUCUCUGAACUGGAAAAACCGCGGGCCAAGUUUUCAAAAGCACUCUCUUUGAACAUUUCAAUACCUUACAACUUUCUUAUAUCUUAAAAUAUUUCGAAAAUUUAAUGUGAAAGGCCAAGGCAACCUCCAAAACGCAACUGUUGAUAUUUAUUUAUACAGAGGCUGUUAAUAUUUCCUUUUUUCUCUUGGACUAAACUUUCACCAAUAAUAACCGUCAAGCGUCAAAAUUGGAAAAAAAUAACCGUUAACCGUCCAAGCUACCACCCCAUUGAAACCCUCUUUUAAAUACUCUUCCAAAAACGGAACCGAAAUUUGGGUAAUCAACAUUACUGAGAACAUUAUUGGAGCAACUCGCCUCGUCUCCAUGAAGUACAUACUACCACAAGUUAGCAUUGGAGUAAUACAGUUAAAGUUUAAAAAGUUGAGAAUAUCAAUAACUGCAAAAUAACGUUUCUUUAGUCGAUCACAAAGAACCAGUUUUCCAACGCGGGGGUCGGGCCUGUGACCCUCUGCUUACUAGUCCAGAUUCUGCUCUACCACUAAGCUACAGGAGCCAGUUGCUUAAAAGGUAACUUGUGACGUGACUGAAACAAAGAGUCUGACCAGGAUUAACGUCAGACGUUAGCAUUUGAAAGACCUAUAAAUAACAACAUGCUCAACCAGGUCGCUGUGUCCGCGGUUUUAGUAAGAACAAGGGUUGGGGUGGGGUGCUCAGUCUCGCGGGCUCAUAAAACCUGGUCUGGGUCGUUCUUAUUGAAGGAUUUUCUUUGCAUUUACGCCAAUGAGGGGAUUGAUGCAACUGGUACUGGGAGACUAGCCGGAGCCAAAGUAUACUUUUAUGUCUCGAUCUAGCUAUGUGUUUGGUCUUUCGUUCUAACUGACUCUCUUUGUCUUUUGAUUAACAGCCCAAUAUUUAAUGACAUCAUGGUAGCAGCGGCGACGGCGCAUAAUCCUUUUAAUCACCAUCCGACCAUCAUUCAACAGCUGCAGGUAAGUUACCAAAAUCACAUAGGCAGACCUUCCAACUCUCACGGUUUGGGAAAUAGCACUAAUCCUAGGUACAUUAUGACAGGGAAAACUAAGUCUGCGAGAGGGAUCUCGCGGCCAUCUCUGUGUGGGCUCAACUUAGGAACGACGGCUUGCAACGUGGCGGCCCGAUAUGAGUCUUAGUCCUGUCUUCUUUUUGUUUCACUUUGUUCGUUCUUAAAUUUUCCAUAGGGUUUUCCUCAGCAUCAUUCUAUAAUUCCAUUACCAUCCCCAACAGCACCUCUUGGAGAUAUAACAGGAAAUCUACCGUGUACUACCCUCUUCGUGGCCAACUUAGAAAAAGGAUGCACUGAACAACAACUCAGAGAAAUAUUUGCAAGGUAAAUCACAGGGAAAAGAUUAUAUGAGGUUUACCACGACUGUAAAGUUUAGGGAAGAGACAUGCCCAUAAUUUGAUUUUUUGACAUAUGACUUCAAGAAAAUUCGUUAUGGCCCACCGCUUGCGAAAUCUGGUCAGCAUUUCAAUACGGCCAAAUGCCCCACUGGAGGUCAAAAUGUUCAAACUCACGAGCCGCAAUCGAGUGGUUUUACUGAAACGUUUGGAACAUUUUGACGUCCGUUCUAUGGUCGAUAAGACUACAGACCAUGGAAAUCAAUUCAUCAAUGUUUUACAGUAACAUCGACAGUUUUUGAAGUUCAAUAACAUUGAAUUUUCUUAAAAUCGCACGCGCGAGAAAACCUGAGAAAACACGGCACCGUCAGUUCAUUUCCAUCUUCUGUACUCCACCAAUCGGCGCACCAGAAUCAUUCAGUUACUGUAAAAAAGUUCUUCAGAGCCAUCUUGAUUUUAUACUAGGGUUCUAAAACAGAGAAGGCAGGAUACACAGUAUGUUCAUGAACUCCAUUGAGCCAUUCGAAAUUUGUUGCUAUGCACUUAUUUAUUUUUUAACUACCUUUUCAGAACACAUGGAUUUCGACGCCUAAAAAUUCACGAUAAAGGAUCUGGAAGCCCUGUCUGUUUUGUUGAAUAUCAGGUACGUUCUUUACUUGCUUUCUUCCUACUGCACCGGUCUCAACCGGUAUCUCAACUUAACUAAACACUUCUUGACAUAUUCGUGUGUGCAUUGUACAGUGUAGCAACUAUUUGAAAUUGAUAGAGAUCCUCUGAUACUUAGGCUCACACGAUCAACGCGAAAGCCUUUGAAUUUUUGGUGGUGGAAAUCAAUAAUCAACGGGGGCACCCACCUAAAAACAACAAUAAAGCACGAGUAAAGCUUUCUGAAGCCAUUUUAAGCAUUUUGGGAGAUUUCUGGGAAAAAUUUAAAUGUUCCCCACGACCCACGUCCAGCAAGUCUGAUGGAAGAGUUCCAGUCAGCAAGGUGCACCUACAACCUGCAACCUGACUUACUGGGAAGUUUCCCAGCAGACGUAUGUCCAGACAUUACUGCCUAGUUUGGGUGUGGUCAGAGAGCAAAAUUAAGCCCUUCGGUGAGGGAGGGGGGGAGAGGUUUCUGGCAAAUAGCACAUACUACCUUCAAAUCCCCUCAGACACCCUGAAUUGUCUAUUUCCCAGCAACAAUUUCCUUCCAAGGACAUAUUAAUUGUCCCAUAUCUCCUGGCCAGCAAAAAUUUGUCUGAGGAACAGAUGUUUUGAGCAGCAGAUCCAUCGGGUACCCGUGAAUCAACGAGGGGGUUUUGGUCAUAUCGGUUUUUCGCACAGUCUUGCUACCCUUAGGACCCUUUUGUCUUUUCACGGUUAUAAAACGCCGGAAUUCUGUUGCUCAUUAAAAUGUAAAGUGCAUUCAACUUUUUGGGUUUGUUGACAAAAUACUACGGGAAACAAUGUCUCUGUUGUAGGAUAUUCAAACGGCAGUCUUCGCGAAACAUGUUCUUACUGGGUAAGUAGUUCCGAUGUGCUUUACAUGUGUAAUGUUUUUCUCCUCUACAGAAUGUAAGUUCUUUUCUGUGAACGCCAUGUUCAGCCAUUGUGUUUCAGUCAGCUAGAGAAAACAGCCGACUUUUCAAGUCGCUACCACUGAUUACCUGGCGAAAUGACGUUAGAGGAAGGAGCUCAGAAAUUCCAUACUGAUGAUGCUUCCCUCGGCCAAGUACUGGGCAGUGUUUUUGACCGGCUGAAGCAAAUUUUCAACGAAUCAAAAGCACUACCCCGAUCUGGGUAAUGACGCGUCAUCGGGUAUGGAAUUUCUGCGCUCAUUUCUCAGACGUCAUUUCGCGGGGGAACCAAUGGUGGCGUCUACAAAUGUCAGCUGUUUCCUCACGCCGUAGUGCUCGAUGAGAUCUUGCCAGUUAGACAUCUCUCUUGAAAUAGUCUUAUUGUUAUUUUACACUUUGUCAAAUAAGAUUUUACAUCAGGCUCUCUUGGGUUUCACUUCAGUAUGCAAAUCUAGAAUACAGAGUUUGUUUUCGAACAACGCUGGUCAGUGCAUUAUAUUACCGCCGCAGAGUUACCGACAAAAGUCCAACUCUCAUACUAUUUUCACGCUAUACAAGAUAGCUUUUGUUGCCGGCAUACGGGCAGGGGCGGAUCCAGGAUUUUUUUUAGGAGGGGGUGCACUCGUCCCUUCAACACCAAUAACCCGCAUAGUUUUUUUUUUUGCAGAAUACCAGUUGUAUUAGAAAACCGCAGGUCAUCUCAGGGGGAGGGGGGUUACGCACCCCUGCACUCUCCCCCUAGAUCCGCCCCUGACGGGAUAUGGCUUCUGUUCACACAUAAGAACGCUGAUUUUGGCGCGAUUUCUGUAACGGAGCGAAGCUGCUGCACGCCGGUCUCUAAAGCGGAGAGUCACAAUCAGGCGUUCAUACUUUACUAGAUAGAUUUUCGUGUCGGCAAGACAAGCUGUCCGGUAGAGUGUAAACAGAGCCGAAGUAUUUCAUAAAUUCUAAUGACUUUUCCAUCUAUUUCCUUUUUCUCAGAACAAUUAUGCCACCAGGAGAGAAGGCUGGUGGAAUAAGAAUCGAGUUUGCCAAAUCUAAAAUGGGUGAAUCGUGA